CGGGCGGUCAUUUUGGCUGGUGGGGUGUGUGCGACCGGACAGAAGUUCCUGAGCGCUGAGUGGGGGCUGACGCGACAGGACUGAGAGAGCGGCAGCGGAGUCGUUGUUCCCGCUGCACAGAGGGGAGUCUGAACCUCGGCCGCGGCGCCGCCCGAGAUGAUCCGUACCAGGGCGGGUGUAAGAACCGCCGGCCCGCUCCCGGCCCUGCUCCGCCCACAGGCCUGGAUGGCUGCGGCCGUUCGGAGGGACCCGCGUCAGAUACAAGCAGUAAGUCGAGUACAUUCUCAGCAAUAGACUUUCUUCUGGAUCUUCCUAUGAAGCCAGAGCCACAUGCACCAUCCUGAUCCUGUGUUUUAUUCACUGCUGUGAGAACCGCAUUACCCAGAGGACGUUGAGCCAGCAAUGUCCCAUCAGUGUGGAGCCAAUGAAGGUCCAGGACAGGGGCUUUUCCAUGCAUGCCAUUGUGUCGGGGCGGGACUUCCGGUGUCCUCCUAGUGGCGGCCUGUUUCAUACUCAGAGGUUCUGGAGCUCUGGGUCUGCUCCGAGGUGACCAGACUGAGGAGACGUGAGCAAGAGGAAUCAUUGUGCUCGCUGCACAGAGGCAGGUCUGAAGCACUAGGCCACUCUGCACACAGAGUCUGAUGGCGGCAGCGGCGCUGAGGGACCCGCCUCAGGGUAAUGUGACCUUUGAAGAUGUGGUUGUGUACUUCUCCUGGGAGGAGUGGGGUCUCCUUGAUGAGGCUCAGAGAUGCCUGUACCACGAUGUGAUGCUGGAGAACUUUGCACUUGUGACCUCACUGGGCUGUUGGUAUGGAAUGGAGGACGAGGAGGCAUUUUCUGUGCAGAAUGUUUCUGUAGAUCAAGUGUCACUGGGCAAGACUCAAAGUCCAGAUCCAGCCCUUCAGAAGACUGCCCCCUGUGAGAAGUGUGUUGUGGCCGGGAGAGACCCUGUGUACCUGCCUGAGUACCAAGGAUUGCACCCGGGGUGGAGACCAUGCACCUGUGAGGCAUAUGGAAAACAGUUGUGGUUCAGUUCAAACCUUUACCAGCACCAGGAGCACAGCGACGAGAAGCCAUUCACAAGGGACACAGACAGGGCCUCAGUGGUGACAAGCUACACAUUCCACGUUUCGGGGAAGCCCUUCACCUGCAAGGAAGUCGGGAAAGAUUUCCUGACAAUGUUGAAUCUUCUCCAGCAUCAGGCCACGCUCAAAGGGGCGAAGCCACACAGCAGCUUCCGGUGUGGGGAGCCCUUUCACAGUGGAAAGAGUCAUUACAGGUACAGUGAGUAUGAGAAAUUGUUCAGCUGUGAAUACACAGUCUUUCAGGAUCAGCAAAUUCAUACUAGAGAAAGUUACUAUGACUGUGAUGACUGUGAGAAACCCUUUAACCAAAGCUCCAUCCUCAAUUGCCAGAGACCUGACCCAGGAGCAAAGUCUUAUGAGUGCAGUGAAUGUGGGAAAUCCUUUAGCCAAAGCUACAGACUCAUACAACACCACAGAAGUCACACUGCAGCAAAGCCUUACAAAUGCAGCGAAUGCGGGAAAGCCUUCAGCUACAAGUUAAGACUUGUGCAGCACCUACAAAUUCACACUAAAGUGAGGCCUUAUGCAUGCGGGGAAUGUGGGAAAGUCUUUAGCUACAGCUCUACCCUCAUUAAACACCAGAGAGUUCACACUGGAGCCAGGCCUUACAAGUGUGGUGAGUGUGGGAAUUCCUUUAGCCAAAGUUCCAACCUCAUUCAACACCAGAAAAUUCACAGUGGGGCACGGCCUUAUAAAUGCAGCGAAUGUGGAAAAUCCUUCAGCUACAAAUGCAAACUUGUGCAGCACCUGCGAAUUCACACUGGAGAAAGGCCUUAUGAGUGUGGGGAGUGUGGGAAGUCCUUUAGCCACAGCUCCACUCUCAAUCAACAUCAGAGAAUUCACACUGGAGCCAGACCUUAUAAGUGUGACGAGUGUGAGAAAUCCUUUAGCCAAAAGUCCAGCCUCAUUCAGCACCGGAGAGUACACACAGGAGAAAAGCCUUACGAGUGUGGGGAAUGUGGGAAGUCCUUUAGUCAAAGCUCCCACAUCAUUCAACACAGGAAACUUCACACCAGAUAACCUCAUGAAUGCAGUGACUGUGAGAAAAGCAACAUGAGACAUUCACUGCCUGGAUAAAUUUUUAUUUGUGAAGCAAAUUUGGGAUAAACCUUCAUCUAAAGGUCUGAGACCUACAGGGAACACAGGUUUUUUGUUCACUUAAUAGAAUGAGGAAGUCUUUGUGAGGGAGACACUUGCACUGAGCAUCCGCAGUGGGGAGGUGCCCCCCUGAGUUCUAGGUUUGUGGGAAGCUUCUAAGAGCCUCUUUUGUAUAUCCUACUGCUGGCUCUGUUGUCUGAAUUAUGUCCCUUCCAGUUUCUGUGGCAGAAGUCUCACUCUACCACCUAGUAGUUUCCAGGUUCCAACAGUAUGUGUCACUCCUUCCAGUGUGAUCAGGGAAGGCAGAUGCCUCUGUUCUCUGUCCCGUUCUCUGCAGAACAGUCUGAAUGAUUUUCAGGGGUGCCUCAUUCCCUCCCCUCUGACUAGUUAGGACUUGAUCCUGACCCAGUUUUAGCAAAGAUCAGUGUGGAUGUUAACAGCAGCAGGUUUAUCUUUUUCCAGGUCUGAUUUAACUUACAUUGCUGCCAAGGGUCUCCUAGGAGAGACUGUAGAGGGCUUCAUAGCCCUAAUUUAUGGCCUUGGAUGCAAGGAAUUUUGUGGGCCCAGAGGUCACCUAGAGGAAGCACCUUUAGUGCCUCUGUGAGAAGUAUAAACCCAUUCCCUUUUCCCGAGGAUAUCACAUAGUGCUGAGCACUAUUGUAGGGAAGCUGUUCCCCGGGUACUACAAAGGAGUUUCGUGCCUUCAUGUCUAGCAUUGGUUUUUCUGGUGUUACUGGUUGUAGGACUACAGGGGUGAGGCUGAAAUCUAAAUUUACACACUGGAUGUGAUUAAUACACACUGGUGAGGAGACCAUGGCAAUGUGAGAGGUGUGCCUCUUCCAAAGGUGCCUCCCAGUGACUAGGGCUGUGUUAGAUGACUGUACACGCUACACCUGUGUUCAUCCUGUGGUUGAGGUCAUUGUCAGAGCAAAUAAAGCCUUGUUUUUUCUUGUAGCCUCUGCAGUGUUCACCCUAAGAAUACUGCUGCAUAGACAAGAAAAUGAGAAGGGAGAUGUUGUAGCCCAGGGAUAUAUAGGUUUUAUGACCCAGCAGCUGUCCCUACUGACUCAGAAAUGACCUUUGCCAAUACUUUUUUCCCCUCAUCAGAGGGCUGCCCUUCCCAAAGUUUCUAAAGCUAUGGUUCUCUGGGGGAAAAAUGUAGGGGAAUUAGAUUUCUAUUUAAACAAAUUUUUACGGUUUUAUUGAGGUAUAAUUGAGUUAAAUUGUACAAUAUAAUUAUAACAUAGUGUACACCCAUGAAACCAUUUAAAAAACUGUGAUGAUCAUAUCUAUAAAUUCAUAGUUACUUGUACCCCUUUUAUCUUAUUUAUGUUUUUGGCCACCCCACACAGCUUCAGGAUCUCAAGUUCCCCAACCAGGGAUUGAGCCUGAGUCAUGGCAGUGAAAGCCCAGAAUCCUUAACCGUUAGGCUACCAGGGAACUUACUUGUACCAUUUACAAAAUCUCUGCCCUCACAGCAACUUGAUUUACUCUUUCACAGUAAGUUAGUUUGUUUUAUAGAACUUUAUAUGAUUGGAAUCAUAAAAAUGUUUACUUUUUAAAAAUUGUGCUUUGUCUUCAUGCUGCAUAAUUAUUUUGUGAUUCAUAACUGUUAUGUAAAUACUUCAUUCUUUUUAUACCUGUGAAGACGAAAAUUAGAAACUUGCACUCAGCUAAAAAUAACUUCAUGCUUGUUCUGCUUUUGUAAAAUAUGCUUGCUGCACUGAAAAAGAAAAGCAAAAACAGGAUGACCUAGCAAUCAAAUGUAACCAUGUUUUGCUAAAUAUGGAAUGUUCUACACCUGCUCUUGUAAGUUUCUAUUUGGAAACUUCCGUGCUCUGUAAACCAAGUAACCAAUCUACCAAUGCUCACUGUAGCCAUGUGCACUGACCCCUAUAAAAGCAAAGCUCAUCCUGAGCUCGGGGCCCAGAACCUUGGAGUGUUAGCUCAUCUGGGGCCACCGGCUUAAUAAACCUGAGUU